AUGAGCAACCAUCCGCCAGAAGACGACCCGGCGUCUGACUUGCGGUACAUCUCGUCGCUGCCGCCGCGACUGCGAACGAGCGAGGAUUCGGCGCUGCGAUCGGAGCUCGAACUCGAGCUGGAGCGGGUUCAGUCCGCGCCCCUCAACGACAAAGAUGCGCCGCCGCCCGUACACGCGCCGCACGCGGGGCACAUCGACCCUCCUCCAGACGGAGGACUCACAGCUUGGCUCACGGUAGUCGGCAGCGCAUUUAGUAUCCUCUGCGUUCUCGGCCUUGUCACCGGCGCGGGGCAGCUGCAAGCAUACUACCUGAAGCAUCAGCUCAGCAACUACUCGACAUCAACAGUAGCGUGGAUCGCCUCGACGCAGAUCACUCUUACGUUCGGCGGCGCGGUGAUCUCUGGUGCCCUCUUUGACGCAUACUCUGCCCGACCUCUCGUUAUGGCAAGCACGAUCGGACAGGUCGGCUCACUGGUUGCCUUAGCCUCCUUUGGCGUCUCGGGAGCGAUUGUCUACUCGCCUGCGACGGGCAUCGCGGCGCACUGGUUCCUCCGGCGGCGCGGCACUGCGGUUGCCGUGAUCAUGAGCGGCGCCGGCGCCGGCGGCGUCAUCUACCCGCUCCUCAUCAAAGCACUGACGGAUCACUACGUCUGGCGGAACGCGAUUCUCAUUCUUGCCGCGGUACAGGCCGGAUUCAUGGCGCCGGGGUGUCUCUUCAUGCGCAAGCGUCUACCGAACCGCCCCCCCGCGCCGCUCUCAGCCCUGAAGCGACCGUGGAAGGACAAGCGAUACUGCUUCCUCAUCGUUGGGCAGAGCAUGACCAGCAUGGCGGUGUUUUCGCCAUACUUCAACGCCGCUGCCUACGCAAGGGGUACGAGCAUCGAGGGGUACGCUGUUACUAUCCUGCAGGCCGGCAACUUUGUCGGACGCCUCGCUUGUGGGCCUUUGGCGGACUGGAUCGGAACAUGGCGCGUCUUCGUUGGCUUCGCGGCGCUCUCGGCAAUCUGGCUCUUCGCCUUCUUUGUCGGACACUUUGGCACGGCAGCGAUCAUCGUCGGUCUAGCCGGCUAUGGGUUUGCGAGCGGCGGCCACAUCACGCUCAUUCCCGCCGUUACGGCGAGUAUCUCGCCGGCGCACGAGAUCGGACUCCGAAUUGGCCUACUCUGGACCGUGCUCGCUAUACCCAUGCUGGUCGGUCCGGUUAUCUCCGGAGAGCUCAUACAGGCGGGAGGCGGCCUGUACAAGUGGGCCGGCGUCUGGAAUGGACUCCAGUUCGUCAUGUCGUCCACCAUCCUCGGACUUCCGGGCACGAUAGACUGGUUCCGGACGCGCAAUGAGACAGCUGCAAAGAUCUGUCCAAAAGCUACACCUGGGUCCGAACGGGUGCGACCAGGUCCAGCGGAUCACGCGUAA